AUGUUUAGCAGACAAUUGGUCAAAGGAUCGACUUCACUUGUCUCUUUGACGAGUUGUAGUGUGGUGCUGGGAGUGGCACUUCUCGCUGAUGAUGCCGGCGAAUCGUCCACGUGUUCAACUCACGACUGCCCUGCAGCUAUGCAUCUUAAUUGCUUGCCUCCAAGGCUCUGCUGUCUCGAGGCCAGUAUUCUUCCCGGGCCUUCAUCGAUUGCUGCCACUGGAGUUACCGUCUCCACAGCUAGAGUAGGUCAAGUGACUGAGUCUUGUACGCCAGCUAGUCCAACUGCAGCAGGCUUAGCCUCAUUGGUUGGGGGUUCACCUCGCCAAUUUAGUCAGUUUCCAGCUGGCCUGAUUGAUUUGGCUGAACGACUAACGCAGGCGAAACACCUACCACUGUGUAAAGUGUGUCAUGCAUACUUUAUCUGUUAA